GGGAAAAGGAAGUGUUAGGUAAGAGCGUUACAUAAUAUGACUCUCAUCUCCUCGCGUAAAAUGGCAUCUUCCUACCGCUCUGUUUUUGUCAUUCAAGUACUUCUGUUAUUACUGCAUCGAGAAUAUUGAAUUGUAGCGACAACUCAGAGGGAGGGUUUCUUUUUCCGUGUGUUAAUCGUACCGACUGUCUUAGUUCUUGUUAGGUUACUCAUGAGAGGAAAAUCCCUUCAAACGUGUGGUACGUGUAGUAAAAUGAGCCAAGUCAUUUCCUGUUGAAUAAAUAACCAAAACUUUGCCUGGCAACACCAACGCCUAACCAAAAUGAUCGGUUAGUUAAAAAAAAAAAUAAAAAAAAAAUAUUGUUCGCUUUUUUUGCACUUAAAACAUUAUUUGGCCAUGAAAACUAACAGAAUUUAAUUUAGAGAUCGUACUAGUACAGGGGGAACACUUAAAUCGUUGUUCGUAGUUAAAAGUCUUGGACACGAUGCUGCUUGUCUGACUUGGGGAGGGGAGGGGGGUGUCCUCUGCGCUUCUGGAGGACGUGACUCCAAACAUGCACCGCCAGUUGAUUCUGCGUGAUGACGUAGGCGGCGGACGCAGACGGCGGACGCAGGCGGCUAUAAAUACGGCUCCGCUGCACACGCGCGACUGCACUCUGCGGAAAUCGCGGCUCCAGACAAGCGCUCACAUUCCACUAGCUCUGACAAAGAACUCACCCAGCACAGCGACACGAUGUCCACCAAGGAGAAGCUCAUCAGCCAUGUGUCCAAGGAGGAGGCAGUUGGCAGCAAGAACAAAGUAACAGUUGUGGGUGUUGGCAUGGUGGGAAUGGCCUCCGCUAUCAGCAUACUGCUCAAGGAUCUGUGUGAUGAUUUGGCCUUGGUUGAUGUAAUGGAGGACAAACUCAAGGGUGAGGUCAUGGACUUGCAGCAUGGUUCCCUCUUCCUGAAGACGCACAGAAUUGCGGCAGACAAAGACUACAGUGUUACAGCAAACUCCAAAGUGGUGAUUGUGACCGCUGGAGCCCGCCAACAAGAGGGCGAGAGCCGUCUGAAUCUGGUACAGCGCAACGUUAACAUCUUUAAGUUCAUCAUCCCAAACAUUGUCAAGUACAGUCCUAACUGCAUCCUCCUGGUGGUCUCCAACCCAGUGGACAUCCUGACUUAUGUGGCAUGGAAGUUGAGUGGAUUCCCCCGCAACCGUGUCAUUGGGUCUGGAACAAACCUGGACUCUGCUCGUUUCCGCCAUCUGAUGGCAGAGAAGCUCCACCUGCACCCCUCCAGCUGCCAUGGCUGGAUCAUUGGAGAGCAUGGAGACUCCAGUGUGCCCGUCUGGAGUGGAGUUAAUGUGGCUGGAGUGUCACUGCAAGCGCUGAACCCAAAUAUGGGAGGAGAGUCUGACAGUGAAAACUGGAAAGAAGUUCACCACCAAGUAGUUCAAGGAGCCUAUGAAGUCAUCAAAUUGAAGGGCUACACCUCCUGGGCCAUUGGUCUGUCUGUGGCUGACCUGGUGGAAAGCAUCAUGAAGAAUCUGCACAAAGUGCAGCCCGUGUCCACCCUGGUCCAGGGCAUGCAUGGAGUAAACGAGGAGGUCUUCCUGAGUGUACCCUGUGUCCUGGGGAACAGUGGUCUGACUGAUGUCAUCAAUAUGACCCUGAAGCCCGAUGAAGAGCAGCAGCUGAGGAAGAGCGCUGAGACUCUGUGGGGAGUACAGAAAGAGCUCACUCUGUGAGACGGCUCCUCCUACUGGCCCGAGAUCACUCCUAAACAUGCUAACGGUGUCCGCUGUCAACGUGCAACAGCCGUAUUAGACCAGUUCUCAAAAGGUCAAGGGUUUGUGUAUGAGCCACAUUAUCUGUCUAAUAUUUAUAAACGUUACUCAUUUCAUGUCCUGAUUAGCACAUUUUUCCUGCCAUGACUGAAGUUACCACAACUUAAAACUCUGCAGUUUAUUCUGUACUGUAUGUAUGUAUGUACCUAUCUGUAUGUCACUGUACUGUACUGUUGCUGCUGCACUCCCUGCUUGUAGAUUGUAUUUAAGUGUAUGUGGUUGUUACCAGUUGGUCAUUUCCAAUGAUAAUCUGUUUGAUUUUUAUCUACCACGAAAUGGUGACAUUCCAUUCUCUGUGAGAAAGGUGUCCUCUGCAGCCCGAUUUAACUGCUGCAUAUCACUGGGCCAGUUCUUGUGAUGCCGAAGCACUAUGGCUAUGGGAGGUCUUCUAAAUAUAACUUCUUGUCCACUAAAGUGCAUUGAUACAGCUGAACUACCAUACAUAAUGAAUUAACAUUUUUGUGUAAAACGCAGCAAGAGAAAAGGGAUUCAAUAGAAAAACGGCUCCGAUAAUCUUAAAAUGGUUAACAAUUUGAAAAGGUUUUGUGUUCACCAUAAACCCUCCAGAGUUACACGAGUCAUUCUAGCUCUGGUAAAACAUCAUCGAUGGUGAUGAUAUUUAUUGUUUAUACCGAGUUCUAUUUAUGUUUUGAUGUUGCAUUAGAUUUCUAUUUUAAUCAGAUCUGAGUACCUGUACCUGUGGUGGCAGCUGCACAUUGAUUUUUAUUUUGCUGUGACAUCAAAUAAAUCUGCCAGGAUAACAGGA